AUGUGGAGACGCUGGCUCGCGCUCGCGCUGGUGACGGUCGCCUGGGUCCACGCCGAGGAGCAAGUAAGGAGCAAAUCCAAGAUCUGUGCCAAUGUGUUUUGUGGAGCUGGCCGGGAAUGUGCAGUCACAGAGAAAGGAGAGCCUACCUGCCUCUGCAUCGAGCAAUGCAAACCUCACAAGAGACCUGUGUGUGGCAGCAAUGGCAAGACCUACCUCAACCACUGUGAGCUGCAUAGAGAUGCCUGCCUCACUGGAUCCAAAAUCCAGGUCGAUUAUGAUGGACACUGCAAAGAGAAGAAAUCUGUAAGUCCUUCUGCCAGCCCAGUCGUUUGUUAUCAGUCCAACCGUGAUGAACUCCGGCGUCGCAUCAUCCAGUGGCUAGAAGCAGAGAUCAUUCCAGACGGCUGGUUCUCCAAAGGCAGCAACUACAGUGAAAUCCUAGACAAGUACUUUAAGAACUUUGAUAAUGGUGACUCUCGCUUGGACUCCAGCGAAUUUCUGAAAUUUGUGGAGCAAAACGAAACCGCCAUCAACAUCACCACCUAUGCAGACCAGGAGAACAACAAGCUUCUCAGAGGACUCUGUGUUGAUGCUCUCAUUGAACUGUCUGAUGAAAAUGCUGACUGGAAACUCAGCUUCCAAGAGUUCCUCAAGUGCCUCAACCCAUCCUUCAACCCUCCAGAGAAGAAGUGUGCCCUGGAGGAUGAAACAUAUGCUGAUGGAGCCGAGACUGAGGUGGACUGUAACCGCUGUGUGUGUGCCUGUGGAAACUGGGUCUGCACAGCCAUGACCUGUGACGGAAAGAAUCAGAAGGGGGCCCAGACCCAGGCAGAGGAGGAAAUGACCAGAUAUGUCCAGGAGCUCCAAAAGCACCAGGAAACAGCUGAAAAGUCCAAGAGAGUGAGCACCAAAGAGAUUUAA